AGACAGGUACGUGCCACCUGUACCGCCGAGAUGCUGACCUGGACUAAGAUGUCGAUUGUUAGAGUCUUUUGCUUGCUUGCAGUCUUGAAUUGCGUUUCUGGAUUUGUCCUCAAGAAUGAUGAAGAAAACGUAAAUCAAGAGAUAAAUGAUUACAAGAGGAUAUUACAACUUCUCAGGAAGGAAAAGUUACUAAAACUAGCUAAUAUGCAUAUGGACCACAAAACUACACAACGGAAUGCUGAGGAAGAGGAAAAAGGCCAAACGGAGGAAGAGGAGAUUGAGCCUAUUCCUACCGUGUUUAGCAGGGCCUCUAAUCGAGGUUUCGAGAAUAAUGAUAGCAGUGAAGAAGACGGAGAGGAAAGUGAAACCGAAGAGGAGGAGAUAGAAGUUGUAGAAGGGCUGCAAGACAGAUCUUUGGAAAAGAGAGAAAAAGGCCAUGCCGCAGAACUAGAAGGAGACGUUGAACCAGAUGAGGAUCCUGAACUAUAUUCAUUGCUUAACAGUUUUGUAGAUGAAAAGAACGGAGUCAAAAAACAAAGAGCUAAAGCGCAUAAAAAAUUCAAGGCCCAACAGAAUUCACAGGACUCGCACAGGUUGACACACCAACAGAAAGUGGAAUUCGGCAUCGAGUCUGAAUAUCCAGGAGAGAAGAAGAGGAACUUUAUCAAAAAUACAGGCGUAUUCUGGUCACAGGGAAUUGUACCUUAUGAGAUCAGCUCUAGUUUUUCAAGCGCCGAGAAAAGUGUAAUCCUACAAUCAAUAGAAGAAGUCGCAAAUAAGACCUGUGUCAAAUUUCUACCGAAGGCCUCAACUGAUUCUAACCAGCUUGGACACACUUCUUACAUCGAAUUUUUUAGUGAAAGUGGCUGUUGGUCCUACGUUGGGAGGGUGUUCGCCAACAAGCAACAGAUAAGUUUACAAAGUCCAGGCUGUGUUUCAAAAAGCAUUACAAUUCAUGAGAUGUUGCACGCCAUAGGUCAGAUGCAUGAACAGUCUCGUUCUGACCGGGAUAACUAUGUUACCAUGCUAUGGAACAAUAUCAAUGGUGGUACUGGUAAUUACAACAUGAUUAAGGAGAACACGCUAGACAACAACCCAUAUGAUUAUGAGUCAGUCCUACAGUACAGUCUCACUGCAUUUUCAACUAACGGUAAUCCAACAAUAGAGUUUGCUGAUAGGCGGUUGGAUUUCCUGGCCAAUUCUGCAGUUGGUCUGACAUUUUAUGACGUUAAAGACAUAACUGUGGCGUACCAAUGUACCAGUGCGUGCAGCCCAAAGAUAUGUCAGAAUGGUGGGUUCCAAGACCAUACAUGUAAUUGUUUCUGUCCAGAUGGAUUGAAGGGUGAUGCAUGUGAGCUGGUCGACACAGACGUCGGAUGUGGUGGAAUAAUUGAUGUAUCUAGUGGAUCGGCAACCAUCCAAAGUCCUAACUACCCUUCCAAUUAUGCCGUAGACACUGCUUGUACUUGGCUCGUCAAGGCUGGCAACGCAGAUUACAUCAAGGUUGUCAUUAAUGACCUCCACCUUUCUGAUAACAAUGGGAUAUGCUACCACUGGUUGGAAGUGCAAUACAAUUUGAUUGGACAAACCGGACCAAGGCUUUGUGGAGAUGUUGUGGGAAAGGAAUAUACCACAUCUCCUGCGGGACAAUCAAAUCUUAUGCUGCUCAGAUUUGACAGUAAAUUCGCUAACGACCGAGCAAGCAGCCAGGGUUUUUCUUUGACCGUCGAGGCUACGGGACCAGGUUGUCUCAAUAACCCCUGUACUAAUGGAGUUUGCACCGCUACACAAGCCGGUGGAUAUUCAUGUGCAUGCAAUCAAGGCUUCUCCGGACAAAACUGUGACAUUGCCUCAGUACAAGCCAGUUUCAGCUGUACCUUUGAAGAGAAUAAGUGCUUCCUUGGUCAAGCAACAGAUGACCAGUUUGAUUGGACAGUACAAACGGGGGCCACUCCGUCAUCUGGCACUGGUCCUAACGCUGCACAAUCAGGUGGUAAAUAUUUAUACGCCGAAGCAUCCAGUCCACGAGUACAAGGAGAUGUUGCCCGAAUGAAGUCCAUGUAUUCUUUGCCAACCGUAGACAGAUGUCUGAGAUUCUGGUACUACAUGUACGGGAGCAGUGUGAAUAUUCUUGCUGUUGCCACAUCUGGGACAAACCUGGCCAAGAAUACUAUUUGGUCACUGACUGGUGACAAGGGACAGACAUGGUUUGAGGCGGAAGUAGACAUACAAGCAACCGAUGGACUAAUUGUUUAUUUCGAGACCACGAGAGGAAGCUCGUGGAAUUCGGACAUCGCAAUUGAUAGUGUUCAACUGACAACGGGUUCAUGCCAGGCAGCAACGGCGGCUCCGACAACGCAGGCCCCGACAACGCAGGCCCCGACAACCCCGGCUCCGACGACAACCCCGGCUCCGACGACAACCCCGGCUCCGACGACAACCCCGGCUCCGACGACUACUAGUACUACAACAACAACAACAACACCCGUUGCAACGCUUACCUGCACAUUUGAACCCAAUGAUCCAUGUUUCUUACAACAGGAUAACUCGGACACGUUUGAUUGGACAUACCCGAGGACUGGUUCAACUCCGUCCUCAAACACCGGCCCUGAUGCUGCAAGUGAGGGAGCGAAUUAUGCUUAUAUCGAAACUUCUUCUCCUCGCCAAAUUGGCGAUAUAGCAACCCUGGCGUCUGGCAUUCUUCCAUCGGUCGAUUUUUGUCUAAUGUUUGACUACCACAUGUAUGGAGACUCGAUGGGGAUCGUAAAUGUACUUGUUAACAGCGAUGCAUCAAUGACAACACCGAAUAACACUCUAUGGACGAUGUCUGGUAACCUGGGGAAUGCGUGGCACACUGCAGCAAUUGAUAUACCUGCUACUCCGUCUCUUAGAGUUUUUGUUGAAGGCAGUCGGGGUAGUGGUUAUAGAGGGGAUGCAGCCAUUGACAAUUUUGUAAUGUCGCCAGGAUUUUGUGGAUGUAACGCACAAUCAUGUCAAAACGGUGGACAAUGUUCUGAGGACAAUCUGGGACAAUCAACCUGCACCUGCACCCAAGAUUUUUCGGGACCGAUUUGUGAAAAUUACAUUGGAGACAACGCGGUCUGUUCCUUUGAAGACAAUGAAUUCUGCUUCCUUACGCAAACACAAAAUGACGACUUUGAUUGGACUAUUCGACAGGGAUCAACUACUAGCAGCGGUACUGGUCCAUCUGCUGCCUAUUCUGGGAACAAAUACGCUUUCAUUGAAACAUCAAGCCCCAGAAGCGAGAAUGAUGUGGCAGAAUUUAUUGGAUAUCUAAGUAGUGAUUCCAUGGAUCGGUGUCUUCGCUUCUACUACAAUAUGAAAGGUACUCAAAUUGGGUCUCUAAGUGUGCAAGCUGGCGAUCGAGGAAGUGAAACCGAAGUUUGGUCUAGGUCUGGCGAUCAGGGAGAUGGUUGGAAGGAUGCUGAAAUUGACUUGCCACAGGUCGCUGAUCUUGUGUUCGCAUUUGAGGGUGUGCGUGGAGAUGGCUAUAGAGGGGAUAUCGCCUUAGACGAUAUAGAGCUAGUAGAGGGACAGUGUUGAUGCAUCACUUUUAAGACAAUUUCGGGAACGGACUGGAAAUGGAAAUGGACAUGCUAACUAUGAAUAUAUAAAAGUCUUUUCUUUUUAAAUCCUACUAAUGCUAUCGAAUUUAUAUUCUGUAAUUAUUCUAAAUUUUACAAAUAAUGCAAAGUAACCUGU